UGAAGUUAGUCAGUGAGGGUGUGCACGCGCGUGUGUGUUGGGCGCCUCGUUCCAGUUUCUAGUUUUGCUCGCAUGCAGGGAGUUUCACACCCAAUAAAAUUGCCACUCCUCUACCAUCACUCAAGGCUUUGCUUUUAAUGAUCUAUUAAGGAGCAUUGAUCUGAAAAAUCAUUUCAAAUCAACUCUUUUAUCGGCAAAAAGUCGCCGCCUGCAACUUUCCAGAGAGCGUCCCAUUGGAGGAUGAUGAAGAACUCUGCCCUGCUCCGCUGGACCAACAACAAAAAUGCUGCCAACCGAGGCUCUCAGAACGGCAACAAAAAUUGGCUGCACCCCGCGGAGGCUCUGCAGAAAGGUCACAUCGCCUACCUCGUCAAAUUCUUAGGCAGCACGAGCGUUGAACAGUCCAAGGGCUUCGACGUUGUUAAGCAAGCCAUUCAGAAACUGAACUUCAGCCAACAGCUGCGUAAAGCUGAAGGCGUCAGAACGCCUAAGGUGGAGCUCACGAUUUCAGUAGACGGGGUCGCCAUACACGAGCCAAAAACUAAGCGCAAUCUACACCAGUACCCCCUUCACCGCAUCAGCUACUGUGCAGACGACAAGGCUGAGAAGAGGUUCUUCAGCUUCAUCGCGAAAGAAGGCGACUCAGACCAGCAAUCGUGACUUUUCUUUAUUUCUUUCCGUGAGGCGGAGGAGAUCACGCUGACCAUCGGCCAGGCGUUCGACCUCGCGUACCGUCGCUUCCUGGAGACCUCGGGCCGGGAACUCGAGCUCCGGCGUCAGGUGGCCGCCCUGCAGACUAAACUCAAGGUGGCUGAGAGCGAGAACGCUCUCCUGCGGCAGCAGCUGCAGAGCUUCAACGGCGGCGGCAAAACCGAAGACGCGCGCCUCUGCGACAACGGAUCUAGCGUGGUUGACGACUGGACGGAGCUGGGGGGAGAGAGCACCACAGACCCCGACGGCAGCUCUCCAGGCUCGACGCUGUCGUCUGGCAUACCACCUCUCCCUCCUCGCUCUACCAAACAAACUUUAGACGACCUCCUGGACGACAGCACCAACGACGGUGACACCGACGACAGCGACUUCAACCCACGGGCCGAGGACGACGAGUUCAACCCGAGAGCUCCCUCCAACCUGCCGCCCAGUCUGGCGGCACCGGCAACCAUGAACGGCUCGACCGCGACUAUAAACGGAGGCUCGUCGUUUGGCCGCCGUCAUGACGAGGACGACUUUGACCCCAGGGCGGACGAGGGCAAAGUUGGGAGUCAACGAUCUGCCCCACAAUCAUCCCCACCUCCUCUUAUCCCCCCUCCUCGCCCGUCCCGACCUCACGAAACCCAGCUAAUCAACCAGCAGGCGGACGACAUCUUCGGCAGCGUGACGGAUUCGUUCAGUUCCGUACCGUCGCCGCAGAUCAAGUCUUCCAAUGAUGACAUUCUUGCGCAAUUUAGUGAAAUGAAGGCUGGCUUCAGUCGAGGCUUGUCGUUUGGCACAGCAGAUCAGGACUUCACUCUGGACAGCUUGGACCCACUCAAAAACUGAAUUAGCAUUUGUAAUUGAGAAGUUUUUCAUGGUGGUAUCAACGGUACAGAUACACGAGAUCUUACCUCGGUUAAGAAAGGUUUGGUGGCAAUUGAAGAUUUGAGAAAUUAGUCUGCUUUGGACACACUCAAAAAUUGAAUUAGCAUUUGUAACUGAGAAGUUUUUCAUGGUGGUAUCAAAGUUGCAGACACAUUAAGACACCUCGGUUAAGAAAAGUCCGGUGGCAAUUCAAGGUUUGAUAAAUUAGUCUGCUAUUGUUACAAGAAGACUUCCCUGGAGACGGAAUCAGAAUUUAAGACGCGUGGAUGAGUUGAAUUUGGCAACACAAUUUUAAGCUUAAUUUUUGGUCGCUGUGAAGCUAAAUUUUCGGGAAAAAAAUAUAUUGGAACUUAUGGUUAAUA